AUGGCUCCUCCCACCUCCGCCUCCACUACCACCUCCCCCGCUUCUCCCCUGAAGAAGUCACCGUCGUCUUCUUCCUCGGCGGUCCUGGCAGUGCUCCGCCAAGGCAGUCAAUACGGCGAGAUGAUCAAGACCUACAUCACCGAGGGCAAGAUCGCCCGUUUCCUGAUCGAUGGAUUCCCGCGCAAGCUCGACCAGGCCGUCUUCUUCGAGCAGACAGUCUGCCCGUCGGAAUUGGUGCUCUUCCUCGAUUGCCCCGAGGAUGUGAUGGAAGCCCGUCUCUUGAAGCGCGGCGAGACGAGCGGCCGUGACGAUGACAACGCCGAGUCGAUCCGCAAGCGAUUCCGCACUUUUGUCGAGACUUCCAUGCCCGUGGUGGAUGAUUUCGAGAAGAAGGGCAAGGUGGUGAACAUCAAGGCCACGGGCUCAGUUGAGGAGGUGUAUUCUCAGGUCAAGAAGGGAAUCGAGGCUCGUGGUCUGCAGGCUCGUUCAUAA